GCGAUAAUAAACACUGGCGCACAUAACGCACGUUCAUAACCUUCAUAUUCUGCAUAACUACUCACUUCAGUCGAGCUCGGUCGCUUCAGCCCAGGCUUAGAGGCAGGAGACAUUUUAUUUGUCCUAGAUGUCAGGUUUUAAUAGCACGUCUGUGAUCUAAUAACGUACAGUAGGGAUCUGUGGAUAAAAUGCCGUCGUGCACGCGCAGUGCGGAAAUGUGCGUCCGUGCGCGCCGACUUGAUCAACCUGACUCUGCUUUAUAGGAGAAUUAGAGAAUUUAGAGCAAUGCCAGCUAAAGACCCGCUUAUUGAGACACUGAAAGUGUGUAUUUUGGAGCUACAGGCUGAACACACAGUGACUGACUCAAGUCCUCAGCUGGCUUCAUGCUGUGAGCUGCUGGAGCUGAUUCUACGCAAAGGACUGCAGCAACCGGCGCUGAGUUUGACACAGAGAGACUACUGGUGUUGUUUUGAACAGCUGGUUCAACUGGACACAUGUGGAAGGCUGAGUGCGGUCUCUUUAGCUGUCCAGCAGACCACAGCUUGCCCCAAACUCCUGACCGCUCAGGGCCGGGGACGUUACUUCAUCCGUCUAAUGCUGAGCAGGAGAACUCUGAGAAAUACGAUCAACCAUUUGCUACAUACCUCCAGCAUCAUGGAAUGGUACAGUCCUGAAAUUUCUGUAUUGAGGAAUGAAGAAUUUGUAGAGCCUUUUCUCUCUCUCUGUCUAAUUCUCACUGAAAUGGAGUUCAAGCUCAACAUACAGAACUGCAGCUUUCUGGAUGAGAGCUGGCUGCUCCCUGUGUGUGAAACGUAUGAGGCCGUGCCGUGUCGCGAGCUGGGGAUGGUUCUCAGAUACCUGGGCAGGCGUGUGUUUGUGCUGGAGCUGCUCCGAGGCGGUAUCGCCCAGGCGGACAUGUUUGCAGAGCCUGGAGACAUCAUAGACGAGAUCAACGGCAUAUCACUGAGAAAUUCCAGCAACGGACAGGCAGGUGUGGUUCUGUCCAGAUUAAAAGGACAGCCUCUCUCCCUGCGCCUGCUGCGCUGGAGAGGACAGAACGGCGCCGUGUAUCGCCCCCUGGUGCCGCUUUUACGCCAGCUCAAACAGGAGAAUCCCUCGCUGGAGUUCGGCUCACCUCGCCCCAAACCCUCAGUGCAGCAGGACAGCCAGAGCCAGUGUGUCAAAGAGGGACGGAUCCUGUAUGAAGUACAGCUGUUGGGGAAAACAAACAUAGGAGUGUAUGGAGGGAAAGAGGUUCUGCGGUACGCCAUACCCACUGUGCUGCAAAAGAGGCAGAGCAGGAAGGACGUACUGCUGGACAUAAAGGAGACGCACGUGAUCUGCAUUGAUAAAUCCAAUAAACAGCAACUGUUUCAGCACCACUUUCCUGAGAUCUCAUGUGUGGGAAGAUAUGGGCAACUGGAUUUCACUAUCUUUGCUUUCUGUGUAGGAGACACGCCAGAUACGGGUUUCAGCUGUGUGGUUCUCAAGGCGGCAUCCAGCAUUGAGUGUGAGGAGAUUGUCCACCGCAUUGCUGCAGGGUUUAAAAGCACUGAAUGGUCUGUGUGAGGAAAUUAUAUAAGCAUGGCAACACUUGGAGCAUCCUUUCAAUGAGGAACUUCUUUUAUCAGCAAAGCACACCAAUCUUCAGGACCCAUAUUCACCCCUAUGCUCUAUUUGGGGCAAAAUAUUUUAACAUUUUGUAUUUCACAAAUAAUUUUCUCAUUGUUGACUUUUAAAUUUAUUGUCAGUUUCUUUAACAAAUCUAAAGGUUGCUGUAAACAAUACCUGUAUAUAACCUCACCUGCCAGUUUUUUUUUGUGCUCAGUAAUUGUCAAAUCACCACUGAACAUGUUAUUAUUUUGGUGGUAGAAUUAUUUUAGCACAAAAUAUGUUGGACUUUAAAUACAUACAAAAAUGCCUUUCUACAAAUGAAAUGUAAAGAUGACUGUCAUAUUCCUUACCUCACACUCAUAUAUGAAAAUAAAGAUGAUAUAUAAGAGAUUGUAUAAUCUAUACUCUAUACUCAUUUACCACUUUAUUAGGAACACCUUCACAUUCAUGCUGAUAUUAAAUUAGCAAAUUAACAGUAAAAUGCAUAAGACCAUGCAGAUACAGGUUUAGCGCUUCAGUGAAUGUUAAAUAUGAAAUUAUAAUAAAACUUCAC